AUCUCCGGAGCGGUGCGUGAGAAUGCCGGUCCACAGGGGCGCGCGCGCGGGUCUCCUGCUACCAUGGGGCUGGGUAGCUCUCUGCCUGAUGAGUCUGCUGCAUCUAAAUAACUUGACUUCUGUUGCCUCGGAGAAUUCUACCCAAGGAGUAUUUCCACCAGUUCCUACAAAUGAGUCCACUGAGGAAAGUAUCACAUCUAGCAUCCCUGGAAGUACCAGCCACUACUACUUGAUUGGUCAAGAUAGCAAUAAGACCACACCAGCCAUCUCAGAGACCACGGUCAACUUUACAGCUACCCCUGGGACCCCUUCAGGCUCUGGAACUCCACACACUUUUUCACAACCACAGACUUACCCAACCGUCACACUGCCUACUACUUCAGACAGUACUUCUACUCCAGAAGUGGAACACUCCACCUGGAACACCAGCCUGCCGUCUGUCAAUGUUUCUGAUUAUUCACCUAAUAAUGUCAGCUCUGAGAUGAUAUCAACCACUGAGCCAUGUGCUCACACAUCAUCUUCUGUCCCAAGUAUUAUUAAGGGAGACAUCAAAUGUUCAGGAAUCCGAGGAGUGCCAUUUACUCAGGGCAUCUGCCUGGAACUAAGUGAAGCAUCUAGUUGUGAGGAGUUUAAGAAGGAAAGGGGAGAAGAGCUAAUGCAAAUACUGUGUAAAAAGGAGGAGACUGAGGCCGACGCUGGUACUAGUGUCUGCUCCUUGAAUCUAGCCCAGUCUGAGGUUAGGCCCGAGUGUUUGCUGAUGGUCUUGGCCAAUAGCACAGAACUUUCCAGCAAACUCCAGCUUAUGGAAAAGCACCAGUCUGACUUGAGAAAGCUGGGGAUCCAAAGCUUCAAUAAACAAGAUCUUGGGAGCCACCAGAGCUAUUCCCGAAAGACUCUGAUUGCAUUGGUUACCUCGGGAGUCCUGCUGGCCAUCUUGGGCACCACCGGCUAUUUCCUGAUGAACCGCCGCAGUUGGAGUCCCACAGGAGAAAGGCUGGAGCUGGAACCUUGAUGGCUGUUGGGAAGAAAAGAGGCUUCACAUGUAGCUGUACCUGCUCUGCUCCCAUUCCUACUUCCUUUGUGCUCUCCUCACAGUACCUCACAACCCUGCUUACCAGAUAAUGCUACUUUAUUUCUAUACUGUCCAGGGUGAAGACCCUUAUUACACGGAGAAUGGUGGAGGCCAGGGCUAUAGCUCAGGACCUGGGACCUCCCCUGAGACUCAGGGAAAGGCCAAUGUGACCCGAGGGGCUCAGGAGAACGGGACCGGCCAGGCCACUUCCAGAAACGGCCAUUCAGCAAGACAACAUGUGGUGGCUGACACAGAACUGUGAUUUGGCUGGGUGGGCAAAACUGGGUGGUAUCCAGGGAAGUGGCAUCUCUGUCUCUGACUGAUGCUGCCUUCAGCUCAUGUCCAACCUUCUCCUACUACAUACACUUCUGAGACUCUUCCUGGAAUUCUUCACCUUUGGAGAGGCAGAUAAACUGCCCUCUCUCUGCACAUUCAGCUUCUUGAACCCAAUCUCUGACCUUUGGGUCAAGUUGUGGUGGGAAGAAGCCUAGGUCUAGAGGAGCUGCCAAGAAGAUUGGUGGCUGCGUAUCACUUGCCUUGGAUCCUCUUCUCUCUCACUUCUUCACAGGAACUCUCGAGAAGACUAGCUUUUCUAAGCUACAGUUUUUUCCCCAGGAAACUUGGCUUUUUUUUUUUUUUUUUUUUUUUUUUUUUUUUUUUUUUUUUUUUUUUUUUUUUUACUGAUCUUCCCCUACUUUGGAGAAACCAAGGUAACCACUGACACGUGCUCCCUUGCAAGGGUACAGCCAGAAAAAGUGCUAUCUUAAAAUACAUCCCUUUAAAAAAUAUAUCCCUUGUAACCUCAAGACACUGUGGACUUAGUCACCAACUUCUCUCUUGUUCACCUGUUCCUGAAUGUCUGUCUGCAGAGGCCAGGACAACUUUCUGUCUGGAGCCUGCUCGAUGUUUUAGAGCUCAACCUGAUCUCUUGGGCCCACACAGAAAUUCUCAUUGGUUCAACAUAGAUGGCCAGUAGAAUUAGACUUUGAACUGAGCCUCUGUGUUUUAUUUUGUUUUAUUUUGUUGCUUGGGAUUGAACCCAGAGCUUCACACAUACUGGGCAAGUGCUCUACCAUUGAGCUAUAUCCCAAGCCCUCCUCCCUCUUUUUAUUCUGAGACAAGGUCUCAUAUAUCUGAUCAGGCUUGCUUUAAACUAUAUAGUCCAGGCAGGUCUUAAACUUAAACUCUUGCUUUAGGCUUCCAAGUAGCUUGGAUUACAGGCUUGAACUACCAGCCCAAGCUGAGCUAAACCUCCUGACCUGAGCUCUUCAGAGGAAUCCUCUUGCUCUGAGGCCCCUGGCCUUCUCUAAACUACAUGACUUCCCCCUCCCUCUGACUCCUGGGGGAGCUGUGGCUUCAGUCCCCUGGCAGAUUCCUGUCUGUGCCUUUCCUAUUCCAAACCCCUUCACCAUUUUAUACCCCUUUGUGAUCAGAGCUUUCGGAUAUCUACAAAGACUGUAAGCUUCCUCUUCUGGGGUUGACCCAGGGCCCUUUCUCUUAUUUUUCCAAAGGGGAGAACAGGGGUACUGAUUUUAAUGAUGGCUAGGAACAAAACUUUCCAGAGAUAAGAGGACUGGGUGUAUUUUCUUCUGAAUAAACAUGAUGGGUGAGAAUGUUGUAAUAAAAGUGAUGAUGAAAUCUUU